UAUCAAAAUAAUUUGUUAAAAAAAAAGCAUUUGUUUUUCCGUAGAGGGAGAAAAGGAAAGAAGUUUUUUCUCACUAUGUAUUCGCUAUAGGCAUAACUACCAAGCAACGUUGUAAGAGCAUGCAUAUGGAUUUCCCCUCUCCCCCCUCCUCUAUAUAUAUUCAUAACUCGGGAGAAGCGCACGCGUGAAGAGUAGGCCGCCUAUUUACCCAUCAGAAAAGGAUACACAUAAAGCAUUUAAGCACGUACGUAUGUUUGUGCCCAAUCCACAUGCCCAUAAAUAUUAUGCACAAGCAACAUGAACUGGUUUUGGAAAAAAGAAGCUCCGGAGGAGAAGAAAGUAAAGUCGGCGUACGAUGAUUAUGUUACUCCCCCGCCCUUUGGAAAUUACCUUGCGUCUGCGCCUGAAAAACCCAAGUCGUUAAAAAGUGAAAAACCUGCUGUACCCGAAUUCAAGGGGUUUAGCCCUCCCCCCAAAUUUGAAUUUAAGGAAGAUACCUCCGCGAGUGAUAAAUAUGAUGAGGAUUUUUCAAAAUACACAAAAAGUAAUUUUAUCGAUUCUUCUCUUUACGAUGAUAAACAGAAUUUAUUUGAUUUUAAUUUGAGUCAUAGGACAAGGGCAUGUUUGGAGAGCGUGAAAAUGGGGGUCAAGAUGGGCACGAUGGUUGGGGGAAUUUUCGGAAGCUUAACAGGUUUAUAUGCCUCCUUUGCACACAAAAAUCUGUUCAUUUUCCCCGUUUCAGUCCUUGGUGGGGCUGUCAGCUUUGGCUUCUUCCUCGGCUGUGGGAUGAUCGUUCGUUGUUAGCUAGUACCAUGCAUAAAAACAUGUGUGUGUGCAAGUGCGCAGCUAUUCAUGUGCGUGUUCGUAGACACCCGAAUGAAGCGUCGCCUCUCCUCUUAACACAUAAAAUGAGGAAUCCAACAAAUUGGAAAAACUGCACAAGCGCACGUCGUUGCCAAUUGUUCCAAGCAUAGCGAAAAUUAAGGAAAGAAUUUCUAUCAUAUACCACUCCGCGUACGGGGUUAAACAUUCCUUGGUCAGCU